AUGUCGUUGCCAGACGCGCUACUCGACAAAACCUGGUCCACCCAAUAUGUACCGCAACCUCGGGGACGCCUUGAUCCUUUGACUAUCUUGAUCAAGAACUUGGAAAACGGUGAGGUCACGUCUCGACAACUCAAGGUUUUGUCUGAAGAAUGCUUCGAUUAUGUUACUGCUCGAGGUCACGCCGAGCCAAAAGACGAACUGAAUGACCACAAUGAAAGGACCGGUCCUCUAAGAGAUUGCGAGAUUUCUGCAUUACACAGUCACAACUCUCCGGCGACUCACGACGUGCUCGGUUUUUUCAUCGAGUUGAAGUACCAGAAGACUACCUAUCAAGUAGCUCUGUUAUUGAACGACAGCACGACCCGACGUGGUUGUCCUUUUUACACAGUGUUGUCCAAAGGAGGUCAGCCUCAAAUCAAGAAGAUUAAAGACUGGCUAGACUUUAAGUUUGAUAUGCCUCUGGCUGAGAACCUCCAGCUGCCUCCCGAACUUCUCCUGCAAAUGUGUUCAAGGUAUUUGUCAACGUUGAGUUCGUGCUGGUCAGUAUAUACGGACCACACUGAUGCUCUACGACAAGCCACUCUAAAGCAGACAGUAGGUAGUCUGAAGUUGACUAUCACCUUUGCCACUGGACAAGACAACGAUAUCGCGUCGAAACUGAGAACGAUAGACCUCGAUAUUCCCUCAGAGACUGUGAACAGAUUUCUAGACAACGCACGAAGCAAGUCACGAGGGAAACCAGACAUAGGCAACGACUUUCUCCUUGAGCUAAUCGGAGCCGUGCAUGAAAAGACGGGAUUGAGGCUGCCCUUGAGCAUACCUACUGCAGGCUUACCCGAGACUACCACGACUACACUCAGCGGCCCACCACUCAAAGUCACGAAGAUCACCUGCUCAGCAUUUGCAAUUGGCACUGAAGGGAAGAUCAAGCUUGCUGCAAAGCCACUUGAGAACGCAGAGGUGAUAGGUUAUGACGAGAACAUAGUAAGAGCAGCGUACUCGGCAGUACUAGAUACUGUAAAGGAUGAGGCUGAGCGGAGAAGCUCGAAUGGUUAG